AUGAAGACUGCAAUUGAUACCACUCAGGGAGUAUCAUCCGAAGUAAUUACCCGUGAUGUCUGCAUCAUUGGAGGUGGGGCUGCAGGAACUUACGCUGCUAUCCGUUUGCGCCAGAUGAAUAAGGAUGUCGUCGUUGUUGAGAAAGAGCCUUGCCUUGGUGGACACACCAUGACUUACUCUGACUCUGAACCUGGUGGCAAAGCAGUUAACUAUGGCGUCAGAUAUUUCCAGAACCUAUCAACGGUACGAAGUUUCUUUGCAUAUUUUGGGAUCCCGCUAGAACGAUUGCCGUUCGGUAACGAUCGGGAAAUGUUCGACUUUCGCGCCGGCAAGAAAAUUAGUCCAGUUUCCCAAUCAGAUGCAGAUGCCGCAACAGGAAGAUACGUUGCUCAGUUAAACAGAUAUCCUUACCUGAAGGGAGGGUUUGAACUACCCGAACCUGUCCCAGAGGAUUUAUUGUUACCAUUUGGGCAAUUCAUGGCGAAGCACAAUUUAUGGGCCUAUAUAGACGAGCUAGGCGCGUUCAUUAACCCGCUAGGCGACGACUGGCCACAGCUACCCACUCUCUACGUUAUGAAAUACGCAAACUUAACCGUUUUGGAGGGCAUGAGAUCCGGAUUCGUUCGAUCAGGUGAUCACAACAAUAGCGCUAUCUAUAGUGCAGCGGAGAGGGAAUUAGGGGAGGAUGCGCUUUUGAGUAGUAGCGUGGUUGCGGUAGACCGGGACCGCAAUGAUGGUUGGAACCUUGUCACCGUGCGAAAAGCUGAAAAUCGGAAACCUUGGCUGAUCCGUGCGAGGAGGAUAAUUGUGGCUAUUCCUCCUAAGCUGGAGAACAUGCGUUGUUUCGACCUGGGAAGCGAUGAGUGUCGACUCUUCGGCCAAUUUCAGAAUACAUACCUGUACACUAUGGUUGUUGGUAUUAAGGGUCUUCCGGUCAAAGAUUACGCAAACCGAGUGGCGGAUGAUCCCUUCAAACGACCUCGACUCCCUGGCAUUUUGUUUUUGGCCUCCACCGACGCGCCGCAUCUGAAGACGGUCCAGGUUGGAAGCACAACGUCCCUUUCGGAGGAGGAGCUCAAACGUGUGGUCUUUGAGGACAUUCUGCGGCUCAGGCAGUGCCUUGGGAUUAACUUCUCUAAUCCCGAGUUUCUGGCAAUCGCGGAUCAUAGCCCUUAUCAGUUGACCGUUUCAGCUGACGCUAUAAAGAAGGGCUUUUAUCGCGAGAUAAAUACUCUUCAAGGCAUUCGACACACCUUUUAUACAGGGGCAGCGUUUGAAUCUCAUAAUACACCGCAGGUUUGGGACUUUACGGAGGAUUUAUUGCAGAAAUUUGUUCUCCCGUCCUUCGAGCAGACUGUUUUGACAUAA